UAUUAUUUGGAGAUCAAAAUUGUGAUUAUAAAUUUAUCGAGGCAAAUAGAGCUAUGACCUUAUAUUCGGAUAUUUAUUUGUGGUUUAUUAUCGAUCGAUUGAUUUAAUCAAGUGACGCAUUCCGAAAAAUCGGGGCGUUACAUUAUCACCUCUUAUCCUUGCUGUUGACUGCUUCAAAUAUUUAGUUCCAAGUUCUCUAACAACGAUUGAUAGAUGUAGAGUUACUGUUGUGCUUGUUGUUGUGAGUUAUUUGUAUUGACUGUUGUGCUUGUUGUUGUGAGUUAUUUGUAUUGAUGGUAUUUUUUUUGAGUUUUCCCUCUACAUCUAUCAACUCUAGAUUGCAUCUGGUUCCGAGAUGGUUUGUUCUUUGCUUAAAUUGUUCAUGUUCUGUUUCUUGGUCUUUCUCGUUUGUCAGCUUUUGCAUACUGAUCUAAAUGUGGUGAGCAGAUUCAAGCAAUGCAAACUGCACAGAAGCCUGGCGUAAUUAUAAACCUUGGGUCUGCUUCAGGACUUUAUCCAAUGUAUAACGAUCCGAUCUACUCAGCCUCCAAAGGGGGUGUGGUACUAUUUACCAGAUCACUUGCUCCUUACAAGCGUCACGGAAUUCGUAUUAAUGUACUCUGCCCGGAGUUUGUUGAAACUGAGUUGGCUGCAAAGGUGAGUUCUAAGUUUAUUGGUCUAAUGGGAGGAUAUGUUCCUAUGGAGAUGGUGGUGAAAGGUGCCUUUGAGCUUAUCAGUGAUGAGAGUAAGUCUGGAUCCUGUUUAUGGAUUACUAAACGUAGAGGCAUGGAAUAUUGGCCUACUCCUAUAGAAGAAGCAAAGUAUCUGGUGCAUUCUACAAAAUUGAGAAGAAAAUCUUCGUUCACAGUCCCACUGAAUGUGCAAAUUCCGGAGAGCAUCGAUAAGAUAAUUGUUCACACGCUGAGUCACAAUUUCCGUAGUGCUACAAGCAUAGUGCGCAGGCCGUUGAGAUUACCAGUCAAACCAGAUCAUGUCCUUUUGAAAAUCAUAUAUGCUGGUGUUAAUGCUAGUGAUGUGAAUUUUAGCUCUGGCCGUUAUUUCAGUGGCAACAGCAAAGACAUUGGCGCUCGUCUCCCAUUUGAUGCUGGUUUCGAGGCUGUGGGAAUAAUUGCUGCAGUUGGUGCUUCUGUUAAUAACAUUAAAGUUGGCGCUCCAGCUGCAAUCAUGACUUUUGGAGGUUAUGCUGAAUUCACGAUGGUACCCUCAAAGCACGUCCUUCCUGUGGCAAGACCAGAUCCAGAAGUCAUUGCCAUGCUUACAUCUGGACUAACGGCAUCAAUUGCUCUAGAAAAGGCAGCACAAAUGGAUUCGGGAAAAAUAGUUCUGGUGACUGCUGCUGCAGGAGGGACUGGACAGUUUGCAGUCCAGCUUGCAAAAUUAGCUGGAAAUACAGUGGUUGCAACUUGUGGAGGUAAACAAAAGGCUAUGCUUUUGAGCGAUUUGGGUGUUGAUCGGGUCAUAGACUACAAAGCAGAAGAUAUCAAAACUGUUCUAAAAAGGGAGUUCCCAAAAGGUGUUGACAUCAUCUAUGAGUCUGUUGGUGGUGAAAUGUUUAAUCUAUGCUUGAAUGCGCUAGCGAUCUAUGGGCGACUAGUUGUUAUUGGGAUGAUUUCUCAGUAUCAAGGAGAACAUGGAUGGAAGCCAUUAAAUUAUACUGGACUAUGUGAGAAGAUUCUCGCAAAAAGCCAAACUGUGGCUGGCUUUUUCCUGGUACAAUAUAGUCACCUAUGGCAACAGCAUCUGGACAGGCUGGUUCAUCUUUUCACCUUGGGAAAGCUUAAGGUGAUAUAUAUGCCCAACACUUCUUGUUAUAUUUGUGUUGUGUCCACUCCUAAGGUUCCAUCAUGCAAUUUCUGUUCAAUCAUGCAGCUUAUUUCUGGAACAACCCAAAAGUCAUGCUUAUAUUGA